AUGGCCAAUUACUCGACCGGUAGCAUGAUCUUCCUUAUGUUUGCUAUUUGCUUCUCGUCUCUUCUUCACUUCACCAAUGGCCAAUCUCAUUUCAAUGUGAGGGGCAAGAUUUACUGUGACACGUGUGGCGUUCAAUUCAUAACCAAGAAAUCAUUUUACCUUGAAGGUGCGAAGGUGCGAUUCGAAUGCUGGGACAUGAAAACCAAUGCGACAAUAUUUAGCCGAGAAGUAGAAACAAACAAAAACGGGAAAUAUGAGCUAAGGGUGCCGGGAGUUCACGAGGAGGAGCUUUGCCGAGUGAUCCUAAUAUCAUCUCCAGACCCAGAGUGCAGCGAAAUCAACCAAGAUCCGUUUGUGAAUAAAGCUUCUCAUAUUGUACUCAGCCGCCUCAAUGGCCUUGCUGGCAAUACUCGCACUGCUAAUCCUCUUGGCUUUUUGAAGAAAACACCUCCACCUGAGUGUUCAACGCUCCUAAAAAAAAUGAAAGUCACUGCUUCCGGUCUUGUGCCUUAGAAAAUUAUUUUUCCUUUAUUAUUUAUUUAUUCUGGAUGGGUUGGGUGAUUUUCUUUUUUAAUUCAA